CCCAGACUUGCAGUUGAGUUCACUUGUUGUUCUUUGAGUUUAGAGUCUGUUUGUGUCUCUGGGGACAGUUGAGACCAAAUCAACACCAGUCACGUGUCUUCUCUUUAAACCUUUAGUUCUUUAUAAAGCGUCAGUUGAUUCAGACGAUGCCUCCGCCCGGUCUGCGCUGCCCGGGCUGCGGCUCCUCCAACAUCAUCGACGAUGACCUGCACUGCCAGACCCAGCUGGUGUGCGUGGACUGCGGGGCGGUGGUGUCCGAGGGGACGCUGGUCAACGAUGUGGUCGGAGGAGCAGAUGUCAGCUACAGCCAAACCACGGCUGUGGCCAGAAAACCAUGUCCAAACCUGCUAUACGGUAUACAGCGUGUGAGAGCCAUAUGUCGGAGUCUAAGGGUCAACCAUGAAAUCGAGACUCUCUCACAGACCAAUUUCACGCAGGCCUAUCAGCAUGAACACUUCAUCAACGUGAGCCUCCAGAGGAAGGAAGUUCUCGGUGGCUGCUGCGUGCUGGUUAGCUGCAGGCUGCUUAACUGGCCCAUCACCAUGGGAACCAUCAGCUGCCUGCUGGAUGCCGACCCGAUGGUGGUGGGAGCAAUUUAUAAAGAAAUGGUCCAGACCCUCAACAUUACGGCUCCGACAAUAAGCAUCACUGAUGUGAUGGAGGCCCACAGUCAGGAGUAUAAAAUUAGCCCUCUUGACGCUCCUGAAGAAUUGUCCGCAGACCCUAGGCAGUUGAACAAGCGAGCAGUGGCUCUGGUGGAGCUGGCAGCAGACACCUGGAUCGUUACCGGCCGUCAGCCCGUCCCCAUCAUGAUGUCGGCAAUCUAUCUGGCCUGGCAGUCGCUGAAACCCACCAAGCAACGGCUGAAACUCACUCUGGAAAAAUUCUGUAAGAUCGCCAAAGUGAAUAAGCACAAGGUGGCUAUGAAGAGAGUCGCUGAGAUGAAGGAGGUGCUGUGUAAGCUGGGCAAGGAACUCCCCUGGAUCAGGGAGGACGUGACUCCAGAGAAUGUGGUUAGACAUGUGGAGGAUAUCCUGCAGCACAGGUUCGCCCUGCUAAGGAGGGCUAUGAGAACCCAUGAGGAAACCCGGCUGGAGGAGGGUCGGACCAGCGGUGAGGACUCUCUGAAUGAGAAGAGCGCUCCCUCUGAGAUCCCCGAAAUUCAAAAUUCCUCCUCUGCCGAACGAUGCGAAAUAAGAACUGAUGUGUCCGAGCAACCAGGAGACGGAGAUGAUAAUCCAUACACGGUGCCUGAGCCGCACGGCAGCCUUCAGGGGGACCAAGAGCCAAACUGGGGGAAGAGAGCGCUGUUUGCUCCCCCGUGUGUGGUUCACCCCAAGAAGAGGAAAGCGCCACAUCCAGAGUCCAAAGAAGUAACUGGUGAUGAAGAAAUCUGCGACAUUGAAAUUGACUCUUACAUUCGCACGCCCCGAGAAGUGAGAGAGUUCACCCUAGUGCAGCAGAUGCUGUCUGAAAAAGAGGAUGCAAAUGUUUCUCAUUGAAAUUUUGUAAAUAAAAUGUUGCCGCAACGUUUUUUUUAUGUAGUCUUUAUUAUAAUUACCUCUGCCAAAUAAUUUGUUCAGUUUUAGAGAAGUGUGCGAUAAAGGUCAGGGAGGAGCCCCAUAAAAUUUGGUUGCAGAUUCGGAUUAGGAGACAGGAAUGUUUUUCCACUUUCUUUAACAUUUUGAGAUCGGGAGUUGUUUUUUAACAGAUAUCUGGGAGAGAUUUAAGUAUCUUGAUGAAAGAUAUGAGUGUGUACUGCAGCUUGAUUGAAUCAACUGAGUGCUCUACUAUUUGGAUUAUUUGCUUAUAUUUCGUUCACUUUAAAAUAUAAUUGUUAAAGGACAUAUCUAUAUCUAUCAUGUGAUGAGUGAUCAAGGGAAACUGUGAGAUGCUGUUCAUUCUAAAGAAAUAUACAGGAAGGGGCUGAGUUUGAAUAUCAUCCAUGGUGCUUGCACAUUUAUGACAACUUGUAUUUGACAUAUUGAAAUGUCACAGAAGGACAUCCUGGUUUUAAGUAAAAUAAUUGCAGAUGGUGGAAAUAGAUUUAGUUAAAUAUCAGUACAUCAGAGUGCUGGUAUUGUUAAUGUCAACAACCAUGGCAGAGUUGACAUUUGAAUAGAACACUGGUUAAAAAAUAAAACUCAAAUUUUCUUUGUUCUUGUUUUCACUCAAACCAACAACAUGCGACAUCAACCGUUGAAUGUCGAUGUCCACAAACUGUGUAAACUCCAAUAGAAUGUUAUAAUGUGAUUAAAGUCGGAGUGUGACUU